AUGGUGCCCCACAAUCUUAUUAUGGGAUAUCCAAAUUUACCAGGCUUUGUGACAGCUCAAGGACGAGACUCAGCAGAUGACCCAGGUGGUUUUGUGUUUGAAGGGGGUUCCAUUACAGGGAACGGAUGGGAUGCUUGGAAUGCUGCUGCCAAUGAGUAUGUUUAUAUAGACCAAUCUUUCCGAAUUACAAAGGAGUAUUUGUUGGGACCACUUAUGCUGAAGUUGACUGUAAAGGACCAGAGUUUAAGUACUUCAGAGUUGGAACAAUUUUCUUACGCAUCUUUUAUCGAUGAAGAUGGAUGGAUUGAUAACUUACCAUCAAUAUCCUAG